AUCGAUUUUAUCUCAUUUCCCACCACUUUGACUUUUGGGUUUAUCAACGCUCUUCACAUAAUACAUGGACGCAGACUCUGAUACAAUUGAUAUACGAUCUAAAAUACUCCAAAAUACACUUAUAGAAGUAGCAUCAUCAAGAAACCCGGUAGAGCCCGAUAAGUCAGACGAAACAUGUUGCGUCAUCUGCCUCGAUAACAUCACCGACGUUUGUGAGGCGAGACCUUGCGGACAUCGAAACUUCGAUUAUCUAUGCCUCGUCAGUUGGCUCGAACAGCAAGCAAAAUGUCCGCUUUGUAAGAGCAGCAUAGAUGAGGUCUGGUACGACUUUGAGAGUGAUAAACCAGACGCGAAGAGUAGGGUAUAUCUAGUUCCGAGUCCCAAAAAGCCAGUCCAACAGCAAACGCUCCUACAAACCUCACUAUCUCGAACACGAUCUCGAACACGAAAUACUAUUACAAGGCCAAACCGACGACGAUAUGAAGAGGCGCCUCGCCGAAGGCCGACUGUAGACGAAGCUCUCCUCCGUCGUCAAGAUGUUUACCGGGAUCAGCUUUAUUCUCUGCACGUAGGGUCUAACUUGAGGUCAGGUCACCGAGACUUGACUCCGAGGGUUUUUGAAUCGGACCCCGAGAUUGUUUCAAGGGCACGAACGUGGCUAAGGAGGGAACUACAAGUCUUCGAAUUUCUUCGCACCCCGCCGACCGCGCAAUCCAGCGACGAUGCCAUGACGAGAAGACGAGCGAACAAUGCUGAGUUUCUGCUGGAAUAUAUAAUCGCAAUUCUAAAGACGGUUGAUAUUCAAGGAAGCCAGGGACAGGCUGAGGAAAUGCUGAAGGACUUUCUAGGUCGCGAUCAUACCAAAUUACUCCUCCAUGAGCUGAAGAGCUUCCUGCGCAGCCCUUGGUCGUUGGAAACUUGGGAUAACAAAGUCCAGUACCCUACGGCGAAGAAGCGCCCGAUAGCUGAAGAUGACGAAGAUGGCUAUCAACUCGAACCAAGACGUCGGAGGCAGGCGAUGGGUGACAGUUCUGGUAGGCGAAAGCGAUACACAGGCGAUUCGUAUCGGCCUACUUAUUCAAGCCAACAUUAUAGACGAAUGGAACGAGCUCGCCAAAAUAAUCCAGAUUAAAUAUUUCCACCCUACUAAUCGUUCUGCGCUAGUCAUUUAGUGCUAAUCGAACGUGAAUGUUGGUAGUAUGUUAGGACAACAAGGCCAACUAACACGAUUUCUCCAAUCCUGAACUAUAUUAUUACCUUCGUAACCUGUUGGAUAUAACGAUGAAACGUUCCCUCGAGAUUCCAGAUCAGGAUAACAUUCCGUGCUUUCUUUGCGCCAUAUGAGAG